GGUACAAAUCAUGCAAACCACAUCUCAGCCCUCCUUUGGAAGGAGCAGAAGAGCUGAGGACAGGAGCAAGAGGAGUUCUGCAGGGAGAGAAGCAAUCCUGGAGAGGAAUAAUAUGGCUCUAACCUGUGUGGAAAAGUGUUUGGUGAACACUCAUUUCUUAUGACACACACGAGAACUCACGUUAGACAGAAAACUUCUAAGGGUAAUCAGAGUCGAAAAGCCUUCAAAAAGAACUUUAUUCAUACUUUGCUCAAGGAAAUCAGUGCUGGGGAGAAAACUUCUGAGUGUAUUCAACAUGAAAAAGUCUCGAGUCAGCUUUCAAAUCUCAAAAAAACUCAGACACAAGGGAAAUCGUGUGAACACAAAGACUGUUGGAGAACUUUUGUGAAUCAGUCAUCACUUAAGUUACAUAGGAGAUAUCACGCUGGAGAAAAGCCCUAUGUGUAUAAAGAACAUGGGAAAGCUUUCACUGAUCCCUCAUACCUUCCAGAUCAUAUAGGAAUUCACACUGGCAAAAAGCCCUAUGUAUGUAUGGAAUGUGGGAAAGCCUUUACUCGAUCCACAGGACUUAUUUUACACAUACGUAUUCACACUGGAGAAAAACCCUUUGAAUGUAAGGAGUGCGGAAAAGCUUUUAUUCAUUCCUCCUACCUUAAAAAACAUGUAAGAAUUCACAGUGGAGAGAAGCCAUAUUUAUGUAAAGGGUGUGGGAAAACUUUUACUUGUUCCUCAGGUCUUGUCUUACAUAUGCGAACACACACUGACAAAAACCCCUAUGUGUGCAAGGAAUGUAGGAAAGCCUUCAGUAAUUCCUCAAUGCUUAAUCAACAUAUGAGGACACACACUGGAGAGAAGCCAUAUGAAUGCAAGCAGUGUGGGAAAACCUUCACUCCGUCGUCAGGCCUUACUACACAUUUAAGAACACACACUGGAGAGAAGGCCUGUGCAUGUAAAGAAUAUGGGAAAGCCUUUGCUCGGUCCACAAAUCUUGUUAUGCACAUGCGAACGCACACGGGAGAAAAGCCGUACAAAUGUAAAGAAUGUGGGAAAGCCUUUAGACACUCCACACGCCUGAAUAUGCACAUGCGAACUCACACCGGAGAGAAACCAUAUGAAUGUAAGGAAUGUUGGAAAACCUUCACUCAGUCUUAAGCACUUGCUAAACAUCUAAGAACUAAGACAUGUGAAAAAACCUGUAAAUGUUCCUCAGCCCUUAGUAUUCACAUCUAAACUCAUCUGGAGGGGGCUUCCCUGGUGGCGCAGUGGUUAAGAAUCCACCUGCCAAUGCAGGGGACACAGGUUAGAGCCCUGGUCUGGGAAGAUCCCACAUGCCUCGGAGCAACUAAGCCCGUAGGCCACAACUACUGAGACUGCGCUCUAGAGCCUGCGAGCCACGACUACUGAGCCCGCGUGCCACAACUACUGAAGCCCAUGCACCUAGAGCCCGUGCUCCGCAACAAGAGAAGCCACUGCAAUGAGAAGCCCAUGCACCACAACAAAGAGUAGCCCCCUCUCGCCACAACUAGAGAAAGCCUGUGUGCAGCAACGAAGACCCAAUGCAGCCAAAAUAAAUAAAAAAUUAAUUUAAAAAAAUUUUAAAAAAUAAACUCAUCUGGAUAAAGACCUCAUGAAAGUAAAGAAUGUGAAAAAGCUUUACUCAGUUUUCAUCCUUACGUGAUAUUUGGGAACUUACAUGGGGCAGAAUUCGAAUUCAUAGAAGGUACAUGGGAGAGCAGUAAUUGUUCACACCUUACAGGAUGUAUAAGAACUCACACUUGAGAGAAAAACUUUCUGGUCAUAAGGCGUGUAGGCAAACCUUUUUGUUGUUUUUCUAACGUUAAUUUUAUAUACCUGAAAUUACUGUAAAAGCCAUGUGAAGGUAAGAAUGAGAUACAGCCUUAAAAUGUUUCACAUGCUUUAAGAAGCACAUGAUAACUCACACUGGGGGAAAACCAUAUAUAUGUAAGGAAUGUGGUAAAACUUACUUAGUGUUAAGGCCUUAAUAUCCACGUGAGACUUCGGCAUAAACUCCUAUGAAUGUAAAUGAUACAGGAAGAACUACACUUCUCAGUUGUCGGUAGCUAGGUGUAGGGUCCCACUUGGAAAACCAUGGCUCCUGAAAAGUUUAAAUGAUGCUUUAAAGGCAAAUCUCUGUGUUGCUUGCUUUGCUAUUGUCAAAAUUCACCGCGACAUAGUGGGAUAGAAGAGAUGGUAUCCAUAGAGACGUUGGCUCAAUGUUUAAUGGAAAAGGAAGAGGGGAAGGCACAUUUUGUUCUUGCUAACCCCAAGACACAUGAAGGGAGCUCUUAGCUCAUUUGUGAAGUUGUAAAUUGCCUGGUCAGUAUACUUGGGCACUCUUGAGUGCUGCUGUCUGUCAACAUGCUAAGAAAAUCCUCCCGAAAACCAAAUUAUCACAAAAUCAGGGUUCUGCCACCAUUGUUCUCUUGGAGAUAACCCCCAGCCCCUCUGAGGUUGAUAGAGACACCCUGGAAAGGGGGGCCAUCACUCACAGCAGGGGUCAGUCAGGACCACCAGCAGCUUAUCAGGUAAAUACAAUCAAUCAA